AUGGCGAACAGGGUGGGCAAACAGGGCGUGGCAUGUCAGAAGGGCGUGGCACGGCAGUUUGCGCAGGCAGGGCGUGCAGGGAAGGCGAGCGGGCAGGGUGCAGUCCCCCUUCUGGCUCUAAAGGCCAACUCAACUAGUAGUUGUCGCCCUCCCAGAAGAGGAUCAGCUAUGGUUUCCACUCAGCCGAAAGCCGUCGCCAGAAGGAAUGUGGCGACCCAGACGGAGCCCUCACGCAAGCAUAUGGCUGUCCAGGUCUCCGGCUGCAGGGAGUGCCUGAGCCUGUCAGCUGUACCGGAGGACAAUGACGAAGAAGAAGAAAAAGACAACGACGAAGAAGGAGAAAACGACGACGAAGAAGAAGAUGAUGACGAAGAAGAUGACGAAGAAGAUGAUGACGAAAAAGAUGACAAUGACGGUAAAGAUAACAAUGAAGAAGAAGACGACGACGAUGAAGAAGACAAUGACCAUGAAGAAGACAAUGAAGUCGACGACGAAGAUGAAGAUGACGAUGAAUACGACAACAAAGAUGAAGACAAAGACGAAGAUGAUGAAGAAGAAGAUGACGAUGAUGAUGAAGAUGACGAUGAAGAAGACGAUGACAAAGAUGACGACGAUGAAGACAAUGAUGAAGAAGAAAAAGACGACGACGAAGUCAACAAAAAAGAUGACAAAGAAGAUGAAGACAAAGACAAAGAAGACAAUGACGAAGACGAUGACAAUGACGAUGAAGAUGAUGAUGAAGAAGAAAAUGACGACCACGAAGAAGACAAUGAAGUCGACAACGAUGAAGACGACGACAAUGACGAUGAAGAAGAGGAUGACAAAUAA